CCAAGAUGAUGAGAUGGAAAAAAGCAGAUGAGUGGCUACUCCAGAAGUGCAUUGGCGGGGUCAGAGGGAUGUGGCGCUUCUGUUCCUACCUCAAGGGCAGUGCAGGUGAAGAGUUGGUGGACUUCUGGAUCCUUACUGAGAAGAUCCUGAGCUUAGAUGAGCUGGACCUGGAAGUGAGAGACUACUAUCUGUCCCUCCUUCUUGUGCUGAAGGCCACCCAUCUGCAGGAGGGCUCCAGGGUGGCAACUCUCUGCAACAUGAACAUCAAGUCCCUCCUAAACCUCUCCAUCUGGCAUCCCAACCAGUCAACCACCACAAGGGAGAUCCUGAGCCACAUGCAAAAAGUGGCUCUGUUCAAACUCCAGAGCUAUUGGCUCCCAAACUUUUACAUCCAUGCCAAGAUGGCCAUGGCCAAGGAGAAGGCAUGCCAUGGUCUGAUGCAGGAAUAUGAGACUCGAUUGUGCAGUGUUUGCUACACCCACGCAGGAGGGCUUCCUCUGAACAUGAGCAUCAAGGGGUGCCACCACUCCCAGAAGCGGUACUCAAGCAGAAAGGCCAGGAGGAAGAUGUGGCAAUUGACAGAUCCCAGCUCUUGGUCUCUGGAAAUGGACUGCAAACUAGAUACCAACAUUAUGCCCCCACAGGAGAAGUGUCCUCAGAAGAAGGUGGUUCUACAAAUGCCUUCCCUGAAAGUGCCCUCUCCAAAGGAGAGAAUAAUCAGUUCCCUGGAAAAGGAUGUUCACUGUGCCUGGAGGUCCAGCAUGAAUAAGAAAGCCAAGAGCCACCUCCACAUGGAAGGCCUCUUUGAGACGAAGUUCUCUGCCCACCUGAGGACUGUCACCCCCUUUUUUAAUCAGUGCUCCCAGAUGACAAUCAAGAAUGCCAUCAAGAAAAGCCCCUCCUCCAUGUACACCCACUGGGCCUUGAGUGCUGAUGCCUGUGCAGGGAGUCCUUUCCGGGAGCACCUGAAGAAGCUGAAUUUGAAAGUAGAGACCCAACUCCUGGACCUCUGGCAGGACCUGCACCAUUUCCUCAGUGUCCUGAUGAGAAAUAGGAAGAAUGGAAAUGCCAUCUUUCGUUACAUGCUUGGUGACAGAAUCUGUGAGCUCUACCUGAAUGAGCAGAUCGGCCCACCCUUACCACUCAAGUCCCAAACCAUCCAGGGCCUGAAAGAACUGCUACCUUCUGGGGACAUGAACCCCUGGAUUCCCAAAGCCCAGAAGGAGAUCUGCAAGUUGCUUAGCCCCUGGUAUGAUGAAUUCCUGGACGAAGAGGACUACUGGUUUCUCAUUUUUACAACUCAGACCAGGUUCAUCCGUGCCAAGAGGCAUAAAAGAGAAUCUAUAAGCAAAGAAGAGAACAUCCUUCUUUAUAAAAGAAUACAGGAAUCUCUGGAGUUGAGCCAGGCUUUGGCUAACAUGGAUGAAAUGGAUUCUAUGCAGUGGCAAAAGAUAGCUACUGAUGACCUGAGACAAGGUGGGUCUCUCCAGGUAGAGGUGAAGUCUCCAGUGAUUCUGUCAGACAUAAAUAAAAUGUCCUUUGAGGAAUUAUGCUAUAAGAAUCCAAAGACAGCCAUAGAGAAGAUCAGCGAUGACUACAAACUAUAUUGUGAGAAAGCUCCUCAGACAGAUUUUACAGUGGAAAUUAUCAAGGAACCAAGGGUCGUUGCACACUCUCAUAGGAAAAUGUCCCUCAAAAGAACUGGCAUAAGAAAGCCCUCCAUGAGACCCAGAACUUUAACAGAAGUCUUCCUAAAUACACACCACUUGGAGUUCUUCAGGGAGUUCCUCAAAGAACGGAAGGCUGAAGGCCCAUUGCAGUUCCUGAUUGCAGCACAAAAGAUCAGUUUGGAGUCCAGUGAAAAGAUUCAAAAGUCUCUCCUUGAAAAUUUAAUCAAGACUUACUUCCAUGGCAAUAUCUCUCCCGAAGAUAUCCUGCAAUGUGAUGCCCCUAUUAUCGAAGACAUCACUCGCAUGCAAAAUGUCACAAUGAGCAAAUUGUUUAUACUCCAGGAAUGUGUCAUGAAGUCUCUGGAAGAAAAGUGGUUUAAGGAUUACCAAGAGCUGUUCCCACCUCGUCCUCAAGAGGUGGAAAUUGAAGUACAAACUACACAUAGGAAGCCCUCAAAGACAGCAACAACUUACCUACAGGAAUUGCAG